GUCUCAAUUUUUUCGCUGCCUCAAAAGCAAUCUAAUCUGUGUAUUGGCAUAAUGCGUCCACGCAAAUCAUCAAAAACUUGUUACACUUCAUCGAACAAGGAUACAAGUGACCGUAGCUCAACAAGAGAUCUUAUCAGUAACUUACCCGACGAAAUUCUUAGUGACAUUCUCGCAAAAUUGCCACUGAGAGAAGCUAUAAGAACGAAUGUUCUAUCACAUAGAUGGAGGCAUGUUUCAGCAUUCCCACCUAAUCUAACGUUUGACCGGAUUAACAUGUUGGAUGGCGAUGAUCAAGACCAUGAUAUACACUUUUGUACCUUCAAUGAGAACAGAUUUGUAAGAGGAGUUGAUCAGUUUCUGGAAUUCUUCAAGGGAACAAAGAUACGCUAUUUUGCGCUAUGCUAUUGUCUUGGUUCUAAUCGCGCAAAUGAUAUGAAUCGAUGGGUUAGGUUUGCAGUGCAAAUGGGCGUUGAAAAUCUGUAUCUUGGAUUACAUUGUAAGAAACACCGUCGCCUGCCUUUUCCUAACACUGCAAAGGAAAAGUAUGUGUUAGAGAAAGACAUAUUUGAGGGCGGUAGACAGAUUAAUUUGAAGUAUUUGCACUUGGUUGGUUGCUGCAUAGGAAAAAGCAUAAGUCGGGAAUUCAGUUGCUUGCAGACUCUCGUCAUGGAUUAUUCACCUCUAGCCCGAUAUGAUCUGCAAAGCAUGUUUUUUUGUUUGGCGAAUCUCAGAAGUCUGACGUUUAAACAAUGCGAUCUUCCUGCCAUGUUGUGCUUUGCUUCUUUACUUGCUCUGAGGAAACUCCACUUCAUACAAUGUUCUGGAAUCAAACAUAUCAAACUGUCUAAUCGCAAGCUUAAGCGUCUUGCGUGUAUAGAUAGUUCAAUCCUUAGAUUGGAUUUCCUUGGGGCUCAUAGGUUGAAAACGUUGGUCUAUUUUGGUAACAACUAUCUACAAAUGAUCCAAAUUGCUUCUCGACUUCAGCGAUUAUCGAAUGUCAUCAAGCUGAAGCAUAUCUACAUUCGGUCUGGAAUUGACUGGGGUAAUCGCUUGCCGGUGCCAAAAAGAAUGCUUAUCUUCAGUGUGUUACAUUUAAAGCUUGAGCUAAUGUGUGAAACGAAGUUUGAUAUACAGAAGAUGAUUUCCGUUCUUAGAGCAUGUCCUCGUUUGAGAGGAUUGAAUUUAGCGUUUCGUUGCAUAAAAGAUGUAAACCACAAAAAUUUCCCACUUGGAGAUUAUUCUUCUGAGCAUUUGGAGGAUGUUGAAAUUGGUGGAUAUACCGAUACAUUUCAACAGUUCAGAUUUGCAGUAUACUUGUUGAAACAUGCUUCCAAGCUUAAGCGAUUAGUCAUCAAGCGACCACUUUUGCACAUUGCUACCGAAAGACAGCAAUCUCGACAUAAAGCACGACGUCAAUCUAUCUGUAAACGCCUUUCCGCCUUCUCUAGAGAUGUAGAGUUGGUUGUCCGAUGAAACAUUCAUCAAUUUUUUUUUUCAUUUUAGUAUCUAUUCGGUGUUUAAAAUCUAAAUGCUGCUGAAUAUUAACUUAGUCCUUGGAAUCAAAUUAUUCAUGUUUGAU